UUACGUCACGCGUAAGGUCAAGAGGAAAGAAGCAUGGCGGCUGUGUUCAGAGGGUCUCGGUACUUGGGUGGAAAGUGUUGCAAGCAUGUUGACUUUGCGUUCGUCUCAUCUCGGUCGAUGGCCUCAAAGACACAGGUGGGGUUCAUUGGUCUGGGCAACAUGGGCAACCCAAUGGCAAAGAACCUGCUGAAGCACGGAUACCCAGUCAUCGCUACUGAUGUGUUCCCGGAGUCCUGCAAGGAAGUGCAAGAGCUGGGCGCUCAGAUUGUAGAUCAUCCUGCUGAGGUAGCAGAUAAAGCGGACCGCAUUAUCACCAUGCUCCCCUCUAGUCCCAAUGUCAGAGAAGUGUACACUGGACCCAAUGGCAUUCUGAAAAAGGUGAAGAAAGGUUCUCUGCUCAUUGACUCCAGCACCAUCGACCCAGCUGUUUCAAAAGAGAUGGCUGCUGCUGCUGAGAAGAUGGGGGCAGUUUUUAUGGAUGCACCUGUUUCAGGAGGUGUGGGUGCCGCCAGUUCGGGUAAACUGACUUUUAUGGUUGGAGGUGCAGAGGAGGAAUUUACUGCGGCCAAAGAACUGCUCACCUGUAUGGGAGCCAAUGUGGUGUACUGCGGUCAGGUUGGAACUGGACAGGCUGCUAAAAUCUGUAACAAUAUGCUUCUAGCCAUUGGAAUGAUUGGGACUUCAGAAACCAUGAACUUGGGAAUCAGACUCGGUCUGGAUCCUAAACUGUUGGCCAAGAUUCUAAACAUGAGUUCAGGUCGGUGCUGGUCCAGUGACACCUACAACCCUGUGCCUGGAGUCAUGGAGGGAGUCCCGUCUGGGAAUAACUACCAGGGAGGCUUCGGCACCCAGCUGAUGGCAAAGGAUCUCGGCCUCGCACAGGACACGGCCACCAACACCAAGACUCCUGUCCCUCUCGGCUCCUUAGCCCAUCAGAUCUACCGUAUGAUGUGUGCACGUGGUUAUGCCAGUAAAGAUUUCUCCUCCGUUUUCCAGUUCCUGCGUGAGGAGGAGGGCGGCCAGUAAUUCCAGCCUCCCCCCCCUCCCCCAUCCACAGCCUGGCCCUGCACAGGACUAACCUAGCUUAGUUAGGGUGCAUUUCGCCCUGAGGACUUUCUGUUUCAAAGUUGUGAAAGACAUGAAGCCAAGAGAGCUCCAACACAGCGUGACCGAUCAUGUGAGCACUUUUCUCCUGUUGGAAGUCCCGUUUCCUGUGGGAUCUAGCCUACUUUUAAACGCAGCACUCCUUUCAGUUUCAGAAGCAAGGGAACUGUCAGAUCAGCCGAUCCAAAGGAUUAGUAGACUGUCGAGCAGGGACAGCUCUGCAGAUCUUCUAAUAAGGUCGAGGGAAUCCUUCUCGUUAGGAUGUAGCUCUGUUUAUCUUCAAACAUGCUUUAGUAUCCUCAUAUGCAUCUAUUAUUUGUAAUCAUUUCUUUAUGUUGCCGUUUUUUCUCUUUACGGGCUUACUUUUCAUGACAUUGUAAAUGUUACUUUGGGCUAGGAGCGUCGUGUUAAGAAAUCAAAACAAAUUGUGUUGUCUUAAACUUUGUGAACAAGAAUUUGCCACCUUUUAAUGUUUAAUUUGUGCAUCUGGAUCUUGAGUUGACCUUUUUAAAUAUUACAUUACAUGUCAUUUAGCAGACGCUUUUAUCCAAAGCGACUUACAAUAAGUGCAUUUCAACCUAGAGUACAAACUAAGAACAACAAGAAUACAGGAAGUAACAUUUCCUCAACAUAGUCGAACUACAAAAGUAUCAUAAGUAAGUGCCACUGAAGUGCUAAUCUGUGUUUUAAUCCAGAUAGUCGGAAAAGGUGUGUUUUCAGUCUCCGACGGAAGAUGUAGAGACUUUCUGCUGUCCUGAUGUCAGUGGGGAGCUCGUUCCACCACUGAGGAGCCAGGACAGCAAACAGUCUGGAUUUCGAGUGAUUAGCUCGAGGUGCAGUAGUCAUAAUAUAUAAAAUAUGAACAGAUUUGGAGCAAGCAACUGGAAGCACCACAUGUAUUCAAUGACUUCAGAGGAUUUGCUUUAGUAACGAAUAACUUUGUUGGGGUUCCAUAACUCACUGAUUCAAGGGGAAGAGCUGCUCAUGGACAGCUUAAUUAAGUGAAUAUAUGCUACCAGACCUCAGACACAGAAGGAAGAAUAUGAAUUAUUAUCGUGAUGUAAAUGUAAAUCAUAAGUGACUUCUGUGGACACUCACUGCAGAACGCUCCCGCGCGCUCACGUCGCCCCACAUGUCGUCGGUAGCAUCGCGUGUCUGAUUCACAUCACGUGACGCAGAGAAUGCAGCGGCGGGACAGACAGACAGGGACACAACGCGCGUGCGGACGUUGUUGCAUUAAUAAAUAAAACAUGUAACUAAGUUGUUCAACACAUCCCACUCUAAGUUACAAUGUGUUUUAUUCCAUGCUGCCCACAACUAUGAAACAAAGUUGUGAGCGACUGAUGCUUCGUGCAGCGUCGAGGACGUGGACCUCUUUUCUAUCCCCGCCUCGCGAGACCAGGAGGGCGGCAUGUUUCUGAUCUAGUUUGCCAAGAGCCAGUGAGGGGCCACGGAGCCAGAGGUCAUGCGAUCACAAGACAACCCCAUAAAAAGUCCAUUAAGCACUGUAGGCUGAAGGCUGUGUUGCCAUCUACUUGAUGGGUGCUGAAAACAGAGCAGCACUUUGGUCUCAGGCCUACAGCAGACUGACACACACACACACACACACACACACACACAGCCUGACAUCAUCUGCUGCUCGCACAUCAUCCCUCGUGCUCAAGAGCUUCUUCAACACGUUUUAAUUGCAUUCAGUCUAUUUAUUUUACUUCUUAAACUCUGUUGAUUUAGAAUAAUUUUGAUAUUUUUGCACAUGAACGGCAAAAUUUCCUUGCAUGCAUUUUGUUGACUGGUCCGUUGGUUAUGUUGGACCUGAAAGUGCGGAUGUUGCAUAAUGCGCUUUUCCAAGUCCAAAAUGUUCAAAUAAUAAUCAAAACUCGAGCUUUUUCAAUCAGCCAGAGUUUUUAUUUAUUUAUUAUUUUAAAUGUUACAUCCAAAGAAAAGACUAACGGUGUUUUGUCAUAUCGGUGUGGUUGUAAUAGUGUACAGUGUGCUAUAUGUCAUAGUAAUAAAAGCUUACUAUACUCAACAAUCAAAUAACUUUUA